AUGUUUUUAAUUCUGUCGCUACCUUUUUUUCUUCUAUGCUCACUAUGUAAGUGUCAACAGGAGGUUAUUAUUGAAAAUCAGACUUUCACAGCUUAUUAUUGCGAUUCGAAAUAUGAGCCGUGUGGUUGUUCAAAGAAUCCGGCAGUGUUAAGUCGCAUUGUUGGAGGAGAGAAUGCUGACGCCGACACCUGGGGUUGGAUUGUUCAGCUCAGUUUGCCGAACGAUGGACUAUGUGGCGGUACAAUUUUGUCAGAUUCCUGGAUAGUCACAGCUGCCCAUUGUACCUAUGGUUCAUCGGCGUCAGAUAUUAACAUUACUGCCGCAAGUUUGCUGUUGACACAGACAGACGGUGUUCAGAUAAGAACAUUAUCAGCUAUUUAUCAACAUCCAGAUUAUGAUAAUGAAACAGUGCAGAAUGAUAUUUCACUACUAAAACUGUCUAGUCCACUUAAUAUGACAAGUUCUGCUUUGGCAAAAAUUUGUUUGCCGAAAAUGACAAGCACUUGUUACCCGCCAGAUGGGUUAACAUUGGUUGCCAUCGGUUGGGGAAGACUCAGCUCGGCCUCAACAUACCCGGCCUCGAAUGAAUUGCAACAAGUAACUCUCAUUUCAGUUCCGUAUGCAGAUUCACGCUGCAGAAGCACUGUAUCAGAUACAACCACACAAUUGUGUGCAGCUGCACCAGGAAAAGAUACCUGUCAAGGUGACAGCGGCGGACCGUUGAUGUUCUUUUCCAACAGUCGAUGGGAAUUGGUUGGCAUUGUUAGCUACGGUAUAGGGAGCUGUGCAAAUGCAAGUUUUGCUGGCGUUUAUACUCGUGUUUCUGCCUAUUUGUCGUGGAUAAAUGUGACAAUGAAUGGCAAUGUAUCAAAAGCUGCAACAUUGUUUCAAAAUUACGAACUUAUUGUCCAUGACCAGUCCAUGGUCUUGAAAGUUUGA